AUGGCAACACAUCUGGAUCUCAACAUCGAUGCGUUGAAAUAUCCGGAUCCAGGCGAAGAAAAGAAGUCGGGGAGCAAGUUGUUAUCGAGGGUAAUUCCAUUCAAGAGUUCCCAUUCGAAGACAUCGACUAGCGACCCAUCUAUCCCAAGAGAAUAUCUGCUAAGCGACUAUAAAAUAUUCCUUAUCCUUCGAGACUUCCUUCAACCGGGAAGCACUAUUAAACCGGACGAUGCCGUGAGUAGUGCUCUCGAGGUCUUUCCAGUUGGAUACUCAGACCUGCGUUCCUUGAACACGGUCUGUCUUGAGCUUGCUGAACAAAUACCUUAUGAUCAUCCAUCUCAAUUGAAACUCGCCAGCUUCUUGUGGCUCGUCGGGAGAAGAUCUAAACGGGUUGCUAAAUUGCAGUCAAAGGAAAAGCCGAUAGCAACAGAAAACUUCUACCAGCAUUUGAGCGAAGAUAUAUCAGAUAAUCUUGCGGAUCCAGGAGAUGACGAUACUGAGCCUGUUCGGUAUAUUAAUUUUCAAUCAUUUCUUGCACAUCUCAUGGGGCUAGGGCUUUUCCACGCAGAUACGCACGAUGCUGAACGCGCAAUGCGCCUGGCCUUUGAACAAGACCAUGCUGACGAAAGUAUUGUGAUCCAUGAUGCGUGGAUCCUUGGUGCCGCACAGUGGAUUUUAUGGUACGGCCAAGAACUGUUCAAGUUACUUCUAUGGAAAGAAAAUGGAGAAGAGGCUUUCGAGAAAGACAAAACUGGAUCAACAAUAUUGAAGAAGUGGGACUCUUGGAAAGGGAAAUUCGAAGAGGCCACCGGGGAAUCUGGAGGACAUGGAGAUGAAUGUAGAAAGGUGGCGAAAAGGGCUGUAGAGAUUAUGGCAGUCCUGGAGAGAGUGAUGCCGUGUUAG